AUGGUUGUAGACCAGGACGAUGAUCUGGAUAGAACCAGUGGUGCCUAUGUGCUCCCCUCGAGCGAACCAAGUAUGGUGACCAAGAAGGCAGAGGUUGAGCUCAACGGCGUUGCGAAGACCCUCCUCGUCACUCUUGUUGCCCGAGCCUAUGAUUUCUCCACGCCUCAACCCAUUUUCGGUGAUCCAUACGCUCAAGACGUGUUGGAGCGCCUUGACUUCGAUGUCACCGCAAUGACUAUGACUCCUAACCAAAUGGUGACCAUCGCUGUCCGAACGAGGCAAUUUGACCGCUGGACUUCGGACUUCCUCCAACAAAAUCCUAACACUACUGUUCUGCAUCUGGCAUGUGGCCUCGAUAGCCGGAUGGACCGUGUGAAAUGGGGCAAAAACACUCGGUGGGUUGACAUUGACCUUCCAGAGGUCAUUGCGCUUCGCAGACAGGUUCAAUCUACAUCCUUCCCUAGUCACGAUUACUCUCUCCUCGGAGUUGACGUCCUGAAUGAGGAUUGGAUACAUGAAAUUUCCACUGAUGGGUCGGUGCUUGUCGUGAUGGAGGGAUUCCUGCCCUAUCUGCCUGAAGACAAUGUGAGACGACUGAUACAACGAGUGUGUGAAAGCUUCCGCCAGGGGGAACUACUUUUUGACUGCAUUAAUUCUGCUACUCUACAAAGCCUCAAUGAAAGAACGCCAAUACAGUCCAUUCGCAGCACCGGCACCGAGUUUCGUUCCUCUGUGGACGAUCCCAAGAUGCUAGAGCUCGUCCAUCCUGAUUUGAAAUUGGCUGAAUCGAUUCGUCUCCCAGAAGCUCCAGGGGUUGAACAGUUCCCUCUUGACUUUCGUGCGCUGAUGUAUUUACGUUCUUGGGUGCCUGGGGUACGGGACAGCGCAAGGUUCCUGCGCUUCCAAUUUGGCGAAAUUGGCGCCGUUCCAGAUUAA